AUGGCAAAAUCAUAUUCAAAGAUUGAAUUUCACAGUUUAAUGGAGAAGGUGGAGGCAGUUGAUGUUAGAGUGAAGAAUUACUUGAAUUUGACGGGAUACGAUAAGUGGGCUAGCUCAUGUGCAUCAGUUCAUAGGGGAUGGACUUUGAUAUCUAACAUUGCCGAAUCAAUUAAUGCUGCACUAGUAUCGGCUAGAGAACUACCAAUAUAUGAUUUUCUAGAGGAAGUUAGAUUGAUGUUUGGUAGAUGGAACUCUGAAAACAGACAACAAGCAUUGUAUACUUUUACAGAUCUUAUUGGUAAGUUUCAAGAAAUUCUACAACAGAAUGAAGCGGAGAGUACACGUAUGAAGGUUAUACCUGCAUCGGAAUAUAUCUAUACAGUCCACGAUAAGGAGAAAUGUUUUAUUGUUUGUCUUAAUGAAAAGAAAUGUUCUUGCAAUGCAUUUCAGUUGAAUGAGAUACCAUGUGUUCAUACUUGUGAAGUUCUUGAUAGGAAGAAUUUUAAGAAGGAACUAUAUUGCUCUGAUCUAUACAAAUCAAAAACAAUCUUGAGAACAUAUGAUGUUUCAGUUUAUCCUCUACCACACAAAGACGACUGGAUAAUUCCAAAUGAAAUUUUGGUUGAGAUGGAUGAACAAUAA